AUGAUCCAUACACUCAAUGAGAUCAACCAAAGGAAAGAUAUCUUGCCCAAUAUCACCUUAGGCUACCAGAUUUUUGACUCUUGCUUCACCAUUUCCAAGUCCAUGGAAGGGACAUUGUCAUUCCUGACGGGACAGGAUGAACACAAGCCCAACUUUCGAUGCAGUGCUGGUGCCCCCCUGGCUGGGGUUGUUGGAGCAGGAGGAUCUGCCCUAUCUGUGGCCACUUCCAGGGUCCUGGGCCUCUACUACUUCCCUCAGGUUGGCUACGCUUCUUCCUGCUCAGUUCUCAGCGACAAAUACCAGUUCCCGGCUUACGUGCGCGUAAUAACGAGUGACAAGUUCCAGUCCUUGGCCAUGGUGGAGCUUAUCCGACACUUCGGGUGGGUCUGGAUAGGCACCAUCGCGGCCGACGACGACUACGGGAAAUACGGCAUCAAAAUUUUCAAAGAGGAAAUAGAGAAGGCCGGCCUCUGCAUCGCCUUCUCCGAAACCAUCCCCAAGAUCUACAACCAGCAGAAGCUGGCCAACGUGGUGGAGACCAUCAAAAACUCUACGGCCACCGUCAUCGUGCUCUACACGUCCGACAUCGACCUCAGUCCUUUUGUGCUAGAGAUCGAGCACAACAACAUCACGGACAGAACGUGGAUCGCCAGCGAGGCCUGGAUCACCUCCUCCCUCAUCGCCAAGCCCGAAUACUUCCCCUACUUUGGGGGAACCGUGGGCUUUGCCAUCCCGAGGUCCGACAUCCCGGGCCUGCGAGACUUCCUCUACGACGUGCAUCCCAGCAAGGACCCCAGCGACAACAUUACCAUCGAGUUCUGGCAGACGGCUUUCAACUGCACCUGGCCCAACAGCAGCGUGCCCUACAAUUCUGACCACCGGGUCAACAUGACCGGGAGAGAAAACCGGGUCUAUUCCAUGUCCGACAAACUCUGCACCGGCCACGAGAGGCUGGAGGACCUGGAAAACACCUACCUGGACGUGUCCCAGCUCCGCAUCACGAAUAACGUGAAAAACGCAGUUUACGCUUUGGCCUACGCUCUGGAUGAGAUGAGUCGGUGCAUAGAAGGACAAGGGCCGUAUCUGCCAGGAAACACGUGCGCCUACCUGGAGGACUUUGAGCCCUGGCAGUUAAUGUACUACAUGAAAACACUUAAAUUUACAACCCAUGAUGGUGUCCAAUUGGAACUUGAUGAAAAUGGAGAUGUGACCGGAUAUUAUGACAUCUUGAAUUGGCAACUAAAUGAUGCUGGUAAAGUCGACUUUGUGAAGAUUGGGAAAUUCCAGUUCACAAGAUCCAAACAUGAGCUGGUCAUGAAGGAAAACACAUCUGUAUUCUGGAAUACUGAAACAAUGAAGCUUCCCCAUUCAGUGUGCACCGAUCUUUGUAAACCUGGAACCAGGAAGGGGAUUCGUCAAGGGGAGCCCAUAUGCUGUUUCGAUUGUCUCCCGUGUGCAGAUGGCCAUGUCUCCCGAACCCCAGGAGUGGUAAGAGCUAGAGAAUGCCAAAAAUGCCAUGAAGAUUACUGGUCCAAUGCUGCCAAGAAUGAAUGUGUAUUGAAAGAGGUGGAGUUCCUGGGUUACGAUGAAGCCUUAGGCUUCACCCUUGUGACCUUGUCCAUCUUCGGGGCCUUGGUGGUCCUGGCCGUCACAGUCGUUUAUGUGAUUUAUAGGAAGACCCCCCUGGCCAAAGCCAAUGACCGGGAGUUGAGUUUUCUCCUCCAGCUUUCUCUCAUCAUCACCCUUCUCACGUCUCUCCUCUUCAUUGGCAAGCCCUAUAACUGGUCUUGCAUGGCGCGCCAAGUGACACUCGCCAUGGGAUUUUCUCUUUGUCUCUCGUGCAUUUUGGGGAAGACCAUUGCCUUAUUUUUAUCUUACAGAGUAUCCAAAUCGAAGGUCAGAUUUACGUCCAUCCGGCCCCUUUAUCAAAAGCUCAUCGUUCUCUUUUCGGUCCUCAUCGAGUCAGGUCUCUGCACUGCCUAUCUGGUGAUGAUGCCCCCAAAGGUGUAUAAAAACAUGGAGUCCCAAAACAUCAAGAUCAUUCUGGAAUGCAAUGAAGGGUCCAUUGAGUUCUUGUGCUCUGUAUUUGGGUUCGACGCCUUCCUGGCCCUGCUCUCCUUCUUGACCACCUUCGUGGCCCGGAAGCUGCCCGAUAACUACAACGAGGCCAAGUGCAUCACGUUCGGGAUGCUGGUAUUCUUCAUAGUCUGGAUCUCCUUCGUCCCCGCCUACCUUAGCACCAAGGGCAAGUUCAAGGUCGCUGUGGAGAUCUUCGCCAUCCUGGCGUCUAGCUUCGGCCUGCUCGGCUGCGUCUUUGCCCCCAAGUGCUACAUCAUCCUGCUGCGACCCAAGAGGAACACAGACGAGCUCGUCGGCGGGAAGGUGCCCCCCACCGACCGGAGCAUCCAGCUGACGUCGGCCUCCGUCAGCAGCGAGAUGAACGUGACCGUCUCCACCGUCGUUCUGGAUGACUAA